GCGUUCUAACCGCUAGACCACCGUGGCUAAUGACCACCACUAACACAUUAUAAUAUUUUGUUAUUGUUCUGUUCUUUUCCUUGUCACGCUCGGUGUUUUUGUUAUGUUAUUGUGUCAUCAUCAUCAUCAUCAUUGUCAUUAUUAUUAUUAUGCAGUGCAGCGAAGAAGCAGGCUCUAGUAUUUGCAGCCAUCUUCUCCUUCUCUCAAGCUGUUAUAUACGCUAUGUAUGCCGGUGCUUUCCGAUUUGGUGCCUAUCUUAUUGAGAUUGGCGAUAUGGAAGCUGUUGAUGUCUACAGAGUGUUCUUCGCCCUCGCAUUCUCUGCACAGUCAGUUGGCCAAACAACAGCCUACCUUCAUGAUUACACUAAAGCCAGACUUGCAGCAGAAAAGCUGUUAUACUUGAUAGACCGCAGUCCUGAGACGAUGGUUGGAACUGCUAAACCAAAAAUCGACGGACGAGUGACUUUCCGUGGUGUUUACUUCCGUUACCCGAGCAGACAUACUGUUCCAGUCCUGAAAGGAUUCAAUCUUGAAGUGAAACCUGGACAAACCAUUGCAUUGGUUGGUUCAUCUGGAUGCGGCAAGAGCACUGUAGUGGCAUUACUGCAAUGCUUCUACAGACCGGACAGUGGGCAAGUAAUGGUGGAUGGUCAGGAUGUAAGCAGCAUGGAUCCAAAUUAUUUACGUAGUCACAUCGGACUGGUGACCCAAGAACCAGUUCUGUUUGACUGUUCCCUGAGGGACAAUAUUGCAUAUGGUUCCACACAGCCCUUGGAGAUGAUCGAUAUUGUAAAAGCAGCUCAAGCAGCCAACAUUCAUGAUUUCAUCACAAGUCUGCCACAGGUAAUACUUCCAUAAAAUAUGGGAAUUUCU